AUGGUUGAUAUCCAGUGGCGAAGACCCGCCGACGCGAGCCAAUUCUCGGCGGGCGUGAAGAGCGCACGGGUCGCGUUACGCUGGCCGAGUCACUGUGUCACGUGGCCGCAGCGCACGCGCAACUUUAUUUGUAAAGUCGUCGCGCAAGUAGCCGGGAGCGAUCCGCGGAGGUUUUCAGCCAGCCUAGUGAAAGCCCGUCGGGCCAGUCGGGAAAUUGAGGAAAGCUCGCCGAACGAAAGUGGAAAAAGCUCCGGCGCGCACACACGGGCACGGCGCGGCGCGCGCGUGUGUGCGUCGCCCGGCCGCCGGCGGCGCGCGGCUGUGUGCACGCGCGCACACCACGGCGCCGCCUACGAAAACGAAAGUGCACGAAGAGCGCCGAGCGGCGCCGAAGCGCGCUCACGAAGUCAGUGGAACUCGCCGGUGAAACUGGGACAUCGCGUCAGUCAGUCCGCAAUUCGACGCGAACGCGGGCGGACGCGACGCGCGCUUAGCACCGCACGACCUCACGACGUCCGAUCUGGCAAACGCGUUGCGCCCAAUGACAUAACUGGCCCG